UGUUUACGGAAGUCGAUGUGACGUGUCAGUAUUCACACAGGCAUUGUGGGAUCGGAAGCCUCGGUCUUGCCAUGGAGAAUGCAGAAAACCCCGAACUUGAGAGCGAAAUUAGGAGCUAAAUGAGCAGUCUGUAAACUCGGGGUCGUUGCGGUCUCAUGUAGAUGAUCCUGAUAGAGGUAUGGCUGAUCUCAAGGGUUCUUGGUGAAGGGAAAUGGAUGUCCGUUAUGCCAUCGGUUCUCGACAGAGAGAGUGAGAAAUUUUGUGUCAAUGGACGUUUGUGUGGCGGCUCGUAGAGUUUUCGACGGCAGAGAAGAAUUAGGCCAUUUUUAGGAACUAGGAACUGGACUCGUUUUCGUUACGGUUUUGCUGAAAGACAGAAAAAGGGAAAAUGUCGACGACCACCAGCCCUGAAGCGGUGAGGAAAUUGCUGGAUAACAUGCAGACGGAUCUGCGCUUUCUGUCCAUGGAAUGCAAGAAAAAAUUCCCUCCUGUGAAAGAGGCUGCAGAAUCUGGCAUUGUUAAGAUUAAGACGAUAGCUGCAAGAAACACGGACAUCCUUGCUGCUCUGAAAGAGAAUAGCUCUGAGGUGGUACAGCCGUUCCUGAUGGGCUGUGGAACCAAAGAGCCCAAAAUCACCCAGCUGUGUCUCGCUGCCAUUCAGAGACUCAUGUCGCAUGAGGUGGUGUCCGAGGCAGCAGCAGGAAACAUUAUUAAUAUGUUGUGGCAGCUGAUGGAGAAUGGCCUAGAGGAAUUAAAGCUCCUACAAACCGUUCUAGUACUGCUUACCACCAACACAGUAGUGCACGAUGAAGUCCUCUCAAAGGCCAUCGUGCUGUGCUUCCGUCUUCACUUCACUAAAGACAACAUCACCAACAACACGGCAGCAGCUACAGUCAGGCAGGUCGUCACCGUGGUGUUUGAAAGGAUGGUCGCGGAAGAUGAAAAAUUCAAAGGCAUGGCAGAGCAGCCUCCCGUUAUUCAAGCUAACAGUAACCGCAGGUCUGUCAGCACCCUCAGACCAAGUGCUAAAGAUGCCUACAUGCUAUUUCAGGACUUGUGCCAGUUGGUGAACGCUGAUGCCCCCUACUGGUUGGUGGGAAUGACUGAGAUGACACGGACAUUUGGGCUGGAACUUCUGGAGUCUGUUUUAAAUGACUUCCCUAGAGUUUUUCUACACCAUCAAGAGUUCAGUUUCCUGCUGAAGGAGCGUGUGUGUCCUCUGGUGAUCAAGCUUUUCUCGCCCAACAUCAAGUUCCGCCAGGGCAGCAGCAGUUGCGCUGCAUCACCUGCCCCUGUGGAGAAACCCUAUUUUCCCAUCUGUAUGCGCCUGCUGCGGGUUGUCUCCGUACUGAUCAAGCACUUCUACAGCUUGCUGGUGACCGAGUGUGAGAUCUUCCUGUCUCUGCUGGUGAAGUUUCUGGAUGGUGAGAAGCCUCAGUGGCUCAGAGCUGUGGCUGUGGAGUCGGUACACAGGCUUUGUGUGCAGCCACAUUUACUGCGGUCUUUUUGCCAGUCCUAUGACAUGAAGCAGCACUCUACCAAAGUAUUCAGAGACAUCGUCAAUGCACUUGGUUCUUUCAUCCAGUCUCUUUUCAUUGUACCCAGCAUAGGAAAUGUUUCUGCUAACACACCUGCAGGUGGUUCAGUGUCCGGUGCCCAGGCUUCAGCUCAGGGAGGUCCAGGAGCAGCUGGUGGCCCUGGAGGUCUGAGCACCCAGGCUGCUUUUGAGUAUCGUGGCAUGUGGAUCCCCCUAAUGAGCGUCAGCGUGCAGGGCAGUGCCAAGGCCACAUAUCUGGAGAUGUUGGAUAAAGUGGAACCACCUUCCAUCCCUGAGGGCUACGCAAUGUCUGUGGCAUUUAGUGCCCUGCUAGAUCUCGUGCGAAGCAUCACCUCUAUUAUCGAGAAGGAGCUGGCCAAGGAGGAAGAGAAAGCUGCUGCCAGAGAAGAGGCGGAGCCUAGUCUCCCUCCACAGAGUGAAGAAAGUCCUCAGGAACCACAACCCCACCAAGUGUGGGAAGAGAUGGUGAGUGCGUGCUGGUGUGGUCUGCUAGCAGCUCUUUCUCUCCUCCUAGACGCAAGUACUGAUGAGACAGCCACAGAGAACAUCCUUAAGGCCGAAUUGACUAUGGCGUCUUUGUGUGGUCGUCUCGGCCUUGUGACCCCUCGAGACGCCUUCAUCACUGCUAUCUGUAAAGCCUCACUUCCCCCACACUACGCUCUUACGGUACUCUGCAGCAACGCAGCUAGCCUCUCCAACAAAACAUACUCUAUCCAAGGCCAGAAUGUGCAGAUCAUUAGUCCAUCCAGUGAGUCUCAUCAGCAGGUAGUGGCUGUGGGACAACCGCUCAGUGCACAGCCCCAGGGCACUGUGGUGCUCACAGCCAAAAACAUCCAGUGUAUGCGGACUCUGUUGAAUCUAGCUCAUUGCCAUGGGUCUGUGUUGGGAACCUCUUGGCAGCUAGUGCUUGCUACCCUGCAGCACCUGGUAUGGAUUUUGGGUCUGAAGCCAGGGGUCGGUGGAGCGCUGAAGCCUGGGAGAGCAGUGGAGGGUCCCAGCACUGUUCUAACAACUGCUGUAAUGACAGACCUUCCAGUCAUCUCCAACAUCCUCUCCAGACUCUUUGAAAGCUCCCAGUACCUGGAUGAUGUCUCUCUUCAUCAUCUGAUCAAUGCCUUGUGUUCCCUGUCCAUGGAAGCUAUGGAGAUGGCUUACGGCAAUAACAAGGAGCCGUCUCUGUUCGCAGUAGCUAAGCUGUUGGAGACGGGCCUGGUGAAUAUGGACCGCAUAGAAAUCUUAUGGAGACCUCUUACUGCACACCUUUUAGAGGUCUGCCAGCAUCCAAACACACGUAUGAGGGAGUGGGGAGCUGAGGCAGUCACGUCUCUGAUCAAAGCUGGCCUUGCCUACAAACAUGAUCCUCCACUUUCACAGAACCAGAGACUGCAGCUCCUGUUGCUGAACCCUCUGAAGGAGCUUUCUAACAUCCUACACCCUGAUAUCAGGCAGAAGCAGCUUGAGUGUGUGCUGCAGAUUUUGCAGAGUCAAGGAGACAGCCUUGGCCCAGGCUGGCCUCUAGUGCUGGGGGUCAUCGGAGCCAUUCGCAAUGAUCAAGGUGAAUCCUUGAUCAGAACAGCCUUCCAGUGUCUGCAGCUGGUGGUGACAGACUUCCUUCCCACUAUGCCUUGCACGUGCCUGCAGAUCGUUGUUGACGUAGCUGGCAGCUUUGGUCUUCAAAACCAGGAACUGAACAUCAGCCUGACCUCUAUAGGCCUUCUGUGGAACAUCUCAGACUAUUUCUUCCAAAGGGGAGAGAAAAUUACAGAGGAGCUGGAGAGGGAGGAAGCCAUUCUGAUCAAACAGGCCCAUGAAAAAGGGGAGCCUCUGAAUAGACCCUUCCAUCCUGCUCCACCGUUUGACUGUCUGUGGUUGUGUCUUUAUGCCAAACUGGGAGAGCUGUGUGUGGAUCCUCGGCCAGCUGUCAGAAAAAGUGCAGGCCAAACAAUGUUUUCAACAAUCGCUGCCCACGGAACCCUGCUACAGCAACCCACAUGGCACAUAGUAGUGUGGAAGGUGCUUUUCCACCUACUGGACUGUGUGAGGAAGUCAUCCACCACCGCUGAUAAGGAGAAGAUCGAAUCAGGGGGCGGAAACAUCCUUAUUCACCAUUCACGUGACACUGCAGAGAAGCAGUGGGCGGAGACCUGGGUCCUGACCUUGGCUGGUGUAGCACGAAUCUUUAACACCAGGAGAUACCUGCUGCAGCAACUUGGUGAUUUCUUCAAAGCAUGGGAGGUGCUAUUGGACCACAUCCAGUCUGCAGCUCUCAGCAAAAAUAAUGAAGUCUCUCUGGCUGCUCUCAAGAGUUUCCAGGAAAUUCUCCAGCUAGUGACACCGGUUAAGGAUGUGGAAAAACCUGACUCUUUGGGUUCUGUGGACCUUCCGCCUGUCCCCAUGGUGGACUCUCUCACAUCCUCAGGCCCCGGGAGACCCCUGACUCGUUCAGACUCUCUAGCAGAUCGGCUAGCUCAGCGUUACAAUGCCCAGCCUCAGCCUCCUCUUCCUGGGGAAGAGUUGGAUGAUUCUGCACUGUGGUGGUCAGCUUGGAGCACAUGGUACCGAACGGGCACAGAGUGCACACGGCCUCCAAAUGGCGGUGCUGAUAAACUGGCAUUUGUGCCCAGUCAGCCAUUCCUGACGGCGUUGAUCCAGAUCUUCCCUGCUCUGUACCAGCACAUAGCAGGUGGCUUUAGCAUGGAGGACCUGCGUAAGCUGGGCAUUAUCCUGCACGGAGCAGUAUCUGUACCCAUCAGCUCAGAUGCUUCACCGUUCAUUCUGCCUUCCUAUACAGAGGCAGUGCUCACCAGUCUGCAGGAGGCUGUUCUCACAGCGCUCGAUGUGCUACAGAAGGCAAUUUGUGUAGGCCCUGAGACGCUGCAGGUGAUGUACCCUGCCAUUUUUGAGCAGCUCCUGCAGUUUGUUGAGUUCUCUUGCAAGCCACCGCAGUAUGGCAAAAUGGAAACCAAACAUGUGGCUAAUGCUAAAUAUAACCAGGCUGAGUGGGUUGCCUUAAAUUAUGUGCCGUUUGCUGAGAGGUCUCUUGAUGUGGUGGUAGACCUGUAUCAAAAAACUGCUUGUCACAAGGCUGUUAUCACUGAGAAAGUCUUAGAGCACAUCAUUAAGACUCUGACGAUGCCUUUAGGCCUGAAGUACGCAUGUCCUGCUGAAAGCACAUGGAAGCUGUCGGUCUCCUCUCUGCUCAAAGUUCUUUCCAUCGGCCUUCCAGUUGCCCGGCAACAUGCUUCCUCAGGCAAAUUUGACACCAUGUGGCCUGAGCUGGCAAAUGCCUUUGAGGACUUCCUUUUCACUAAAAGUACACCACCUGAUAACCUGUCCAUUCAAGAGUUCCAGAAAAAUGAAAACAUUGAUGUUGAGGUGGUGCAGUUGAUCAGUACAGAGAUUUUGCCAUACGCCAAUUUCCUCCCCAAAGAGUUUGUCAGUCAGAUCAUGGCCAUGCUCAACAGAGGGUCCAUCCAUUCUCAGCCCUCUUCCUUUACAGAAGCAGAGAUUGAUAUCCGUAUGCGAGAAGAGUUCUCUAAGGUGUGUUUCGAGACACUGUUACAGUUCUCCUUCAGUAACAAAGUGAGCACGCCACAGGAAGGCUACAUCUCCCGCAUGGCCCUCUCAGUGCUGCUGCACAGAGCUCAGGACGUGCUGCGCCGAUACGUAGAAGAUGAGAGGCUUAGCGGUCGCUGCCCCCUCCCCAGGCAACAAGUGACCGAAAUCAUUUUUGUUUUAAAAGCUGUUAGCACGCUCAUGGAUUCCCUCAAAAAGACAAAGCCUGAGAAUGUGGAUGGGAAUACCUGGGCUCAGGUGAUCGCUCUCUACCCCACACUGGUAGAAUGUAUCACUUGUUCGUCUCCUGAGGUCAGCUCUGCUCUGAAGGAGGCUCUGGGGCCUUUCAAAGAUUUCAUGCAGCCACCAGUGGCCAAAGUGCAGAACGGCGAGUCAUGAUCCAUUAUGUCCCACAAGCUUUUUAUCCAACCAGAACCAUGAAUGUGACGCACCACACACACUGACUUGUUUUUGCCCCAGCGCACAUUUUAUUGCCUGUUUUCAUGGAAACCAUUACUGCCAAUGGCGUCACUGUUCUCGGCUUCUUCUAACAGUAGCUCAAAUUACAUUAUAAUUGGCUGGUUGGACAGUAAUAAUGCGUUUUUCCUCUAUAUAACAUUUGCAGUGUUCAUUGUUUUUUCUUCUUGAUUUCAUCGUUCCCCCCCCUUAAAAAAAAAAAGAAAUUUCUUUACCAUGACAGGAGUUAAUAUACAGUGUGUGGUGAUAGUGUUAAUGAUGUAACAAAGAAUCACAUAUUCAACAUGAAUGAUCUCAAACCGAAGAAUGGUUUUAGAAAAUACAAUGAUUAAUAAAAAAAAAAGUCUUUUUGUGACAUUUUCUCAACUGCAAAAAGAUUUUAUGCAAGAUCUGAUUGUAACAUUCCAUGUGAUCUCUAGUGAGCUGGAGAAGGGAUGUAAUCCUGUCUGUGUACAAUAAAUGGUACAGUUCUAUGAACACCAAAUUUAUUUAGUUAUUUUUUUUAAAUGCUGCUUUACACAAUAUCAGAAGGGAUUUGCUAAAGCAUUGCUUCACUGUAGUGUGCAAUUUGAAUCUGCAGUUGUCAUUGCGGCUGGUAGGGUGGCGCAGUGGGUACCGUCACAGCGUGGUAGCUCCCAUGGUCCCUGGGUCGAUCCUGACCUUGGGUUACUUUCUGUGCAGAGUUUCACCUGUUCUCUCGACGGUUUCCUCCAACCUCACAGCAACAUGCCUAUAGGUGAAUUGGCUAAUCUAAAUUGCCCCUAGGUGUGAAUAAGUAUAUGAAUGUGUGUGCAGGAUGCCCUGAAGAUCUAAACCAGUGUUUCUCAACCAGGGGUCCGUGGAUCCCUUGUUUGUGGGAUUGUUUCUAAAAAUAUUAAAAUAUCUGUAAGUGUAAGUGGAUUUCCAAGUAUACUGUAAAUACAUUUUCAGGCACAUUUAAAUUCAGAAGGCUGCAGACUUACUGUUUUGUUUUGUUUUAAUGAACCUAUAUGUUCAGUCAUGUGCAUUAACAACUCUCUCACUAACAUAGCUGAGCUUGCUUAUGCUGGAGCACCCUCAAUCUGUGUUUGUGAUGUUAUUAGCACAAGGUUUGCAUCGUGUCCAACAUUGAUGGGUUAAAUAAACAAAUGAUCAUUCAGAGUGAUAAUCAACUUGAGUGUAAUGUUAGCAAGAAAACGUGUCUGUAUGUUACUGUUCAUUCCCGGCUGCAGGUCAGUCGAUCGCAGAAAUACACACAAAACCAAGGAAACUUUGCAUUAAUCAGAGGGGCUUGCAGUUUUUCAAAAUUACUGCAGAUUUUCCACAGAUUUGGACCAAGACGCAUCAUGUGACAUCAUCGCAACACGGAUUCAGCCAAAGCCCUCUUCGAUUCACAUUCUUGGAACAUGAGUACAGCUAAAAGGUCUCAUUUACCAACAAACAUCACUGUAUUUUUUCGGCAAUUCAAGUGGUUUCCCUCAACACAAAGAAUUCUGCAAAUCGCAUCACAAUUGUUGAUAAAAGCCACAACAAUAUACAGCAUUUUUGGCCACAACAAUCACAAAAAAAAAACACUCCUGUACAGACUGGCAAAAAAUACCAUUUCAAACUCAACAUUAUUGGCAGAAAUGAAACUUCUGUGUCAAUGUGUAAUGUUGAUGUCAGUGUAUAAAAAUGUCACUGAUAAUGUUAAUGCAAUAUGAAGUCUGAGAGCACUGGUGAAAAUGCUUCUAUUUUGCAUUCUUUUCUAAUUUAAUACAACAAUUUUCAUUACAUAUUAUACUACCGACAACAACCUGAGCGAAAAAUUCAUAUUUACAUGAAUUUCUGAGUUUCUAGGUAUGUGGUCCGUCCCUUUUUUUU